AGGGAAAUGAUUGGCAUCAGCAGAAAAUGGAGACUCCCAUUGUCAGAAUGGCAUGUGAUAUGAAAUGGGAGGAAUAUUUUAUUAUUUGUGGGACAGCACUUAAAAGGUUGACUGUAUAGGGUGUGGGCAGUCCUUUUCUCUGAGGAAUCUGGAGACGUCGGACAGAGACCAGUCCCAACCUGCGUGCAGCUCUUUGAGAAUUACUCCUUUUAGAAAAGCAAAUAACCUGCACAGAACAAAAAUCAACUAUGGGCAAUAUAUUUCCAAAAGACGACGUAAGGAGAGAAUUUGAAGAUUUAAAGAGUGAUUUGAAUCGAGGCAAAAUCCCUGAAGAGGCAGCUGAAUACCAAGGAUAUCUAAAUAAAAUGCAAAACCUGCCACUCAAUAUUGCAGUUGUUGGAAAAGGAGGUGCUGGUAAAUCCUCCUUCAUUAAUGCCUUCCGGGGCAUAAAUGAUGAUGAAGAUGAAGCAACUGAGGUCUGGACAGUAGAGGAAGCCAAAGUGCCAAGGGCAUAUCCCCACCCCUCUUUUCCUAAUAUAAUGAUGUGGGAACUACCAGAGAUCAGAGAGUGCAAUUCAAAGGCAGCUGACUAUUUCAAGAAGGUCCAGUUUGAAAGAUAUGAUGUCUUUAUCAUGAUUGUCGCCGACCGCUUUACUGAAAACGAUGCUUUCCUGGCAAAGGAAAUACAAAGAAUGAGAAAGAAGUUUUACUAUGUACGUAGCAAAAUGGACAUCAGUAUCGAAGGUGAAAAGAGGAAAAGGAAUUUCAACAUGGAGAAAACCCUGGAGACCAUCAGGAAUUAUUGUGAAGAUAAUUUGAAAGAGUCAGCUGAGCUCUCCACAAGAGUCUUUCUGGUAUCCAACCUGCAUGCACACAUGUAUGAUUUCCCUCUCCUGAGAGAGAAAAUGGCCACCGAACUUCUUGAUUACAAGAAACACCUUUUAACCCUGGCUGGGCAGGUUUUCUCAGAAGAUAAUUUGAUGAAGAAAAAGAUUAAAAUGAAAUCAUAUAUAAAGAAGUUGGCGAUGGUAUCUUGCUUUUUUGGAGCAGUUCCUGUUGUGGGUCUCUCUCUAGUUUGUGAUCUUGGAAUCCUGAUGGUUGCACUGUACUAUUUCUGGAAGUUGUUUGGCUUAAACCAUAGCUCCCUCCAUUUCCUGGCACUUCAGACGGGAAAAGGGUUUGAAGAGCUGAAAUCGGGGAUCCAGAAAAGACCAUUAGUUAGUACAGUCAAGGCACAGCUGGUAUUUUAUCUCCUGGUGAAGUAUGCUCUCUGGCUAAUGCUCCCAUUUGUGAAAUAUUUGGAGAUCUCUCAUUGUGAAACUCUGCCGGUUGUGAAACUGGUUCUUGAUUACAUGCCUAGUGCUGAGUCUGUGUUCUGUGGAGUGAGUUCAUAUGCUGUCACAUAUUAUUUUCUGAACAAAUUUCUUGACAAUGUGGUGGAGGAUGCCCACAAUAUUCGAGAAAAGCUUCUUAAGUGAUCAAAGUCCCGGUGAAAGACCCAAGAAGCCAUCCUCCCCUCUUUGAAGGAGAGAAUUUCAUCCCAAUGAGAAGAAGGGGACGAAAAUAAUAAUAUGCUUCUAUACUCGAUUAGAACUUUCUAUUUGCUUGCUUGUUAUUCUCCGAUUGCAAUAUGUGCUUGGGCUAUCAGCCUAAGGGGCAAAUAUGUCUCUUUGCCUGCAGAGGUCUCCAUGGAAAAUUAGAAAUUAAGCAUUUAUCCAUAUCGUUUCACUAGCUUUUCCCCCCAUGUGUAACAAUUAUCACUAAUAAAAGAGUCGGGUUGAUCCUUCCCAAUUUGUCCGGCUUCACUUUCCUGUCUCAUAAGAGUCCGAUAUUGAUCUGAUGGCCUGCAGUGUCCAGAUAUCAAUAACAAGGGGCUGGCCCAGCCUCCCAAACUUUCAACCUUAGUAGAAAUCCAAGAUUUGGACAUGGUUAUAUUUUCCAAAGCCAAGGGCCCUUUCUAAUUCCCCUGAGCGAAGGCCCUUCUCCUCGGACAUGUAUUGUUCCAAUUGUGCUGACUUUCUCGGUUGCUCUUCCCUACCAAAAUCUAAAUCAGCUUUGCAGCUUCGUGUUACACCAAAUGACCAGGUGGAUAAUUUUUUAAAAUAAAGUUCUU